GUCGGCGUCCGCACAGUAGCGUCCGCAGGAUCUUGAACACCACAGAGGGCAUGAAACUACUAUAACGCGACACAGAAACAGCAAACAGAGAGGAACGUACCAGGAGUUUAUCUUCUUAGAUUGUAAUGGUGGGGUUACAUAAGGGUGUUGCAGGGAGUAAGCAGCUAUGACUCACCGACAGGUUAUGCGUGUGCAGAUCACUGGAGAGGGGACGUAUUAGAGUUAAAUCAUGACGAAGUCUUACACGGAGGAAAGCAUGACGUUGGAAACUCAGGCGAAUUCAAAGUGGACGGACGAGUGCCACAGUUCACAGGACGAGCGCGACGUGGAGAAGAAGAGCGGUGGGCGCGAGGCGAUGCGGAAGGAGACGGAGAACGACGAGGAAGCUCUCCACAGACUUGAGGACGAGGAGGAGGACGAGGAGGAAGAGGAGGAAGAGGAAGAGGGCGAUGACGCCAAGCCGAAAAGACGCGGACCCAAAAAGAAGAAAAUGACAAAGGCGCGCCUGCAGAGGUUCAAGAUGAGGCGCAUGAAGGCAAAUGCGCGGGAAAGGAAUCGUAUGCACGGGCUCAAUGAUGCGCUCGAGAGCUUGCGUAAAGUUGUGCCAUGUUACUCCAAAACGCAGAAGCUCUCGAAAAUCGAAACCCUUCGCCUGGCCAAAAAUUACAUCUGGGCUCUUUCUGAGAUCUUGCGAUCGGGCAAAAGCCCGGAUCUGAUGUCUUUUGUGCAGGCCUUGUGCAAAGGUUUGUCACAACCUACGACCAAUCUGGUGGCGGGAUGUCUCCAGCUGAACCCGAGAACUUUCCUCCCGGAACAGAGCCAGGAGAUGCCGCCUCAUAUGCAAACGGCAAGUGCUUCCUUCUCCGCACACCCGUACUCCUACCAAACGCCCGGUCUUCCGAGUCCUCCCUACGGUACAAUGGACAGCUCCCACAUCUUUCACGUCAAGCCGCACGCGUACGGAAGCGCGCUGGAGCCGUUCUUCGAAACUGCGCUCACAGACUGCACGAGUCCCUCGUUCGAUGGGCCGCUCAGCCCGCCGCUGAGCGUGAACGGAAACUUUUCCUUUAAACACGAGCCUUCUUCGGAGUUCGAAAAGAACUACGCCUUCACCAUGCACUACCAGGCGGCGGGUCUGGCCGCACCGCAGGGACACGCCUCCGUUUACGCGGGCUCCACGCAGCGCUGCGAUUUAGCGAUGGAAAACAUUAUGUCGUACGAUGGCCACUCUCAUCACGAGCGAGUCAUGAACGCUCAGCUCAAUGCGAUAUUCCACGACUCGUGAAUCCUGGCGAACAUUCUUAGAGACUAUUCGAUCUCGUGCGUGUCAUGGUAUUCUGUUUUCGCCCAUGCGAAAAAGCAACCACACAUUAUAUGCUUAAUCUUAUGUAUGUAUUUAUUGUCGGUACUGCCUUUUAGGAGAAAAGAGAAUGCUUAUUCUCAUUCACUUUAUGUAUUGUAUUCUAUAGCGCUUCUACUGUGCAUUGCGGUCACAGGCGGAUUAGAUGUGACCUUAUUCAGAAUGUGUUAAUUAUCCAUGUUACAAAAUCACAAGCAAUAAUUUGGAAACUAUGCAAUUUUUAAUCAAUACUGGGCCAAUUAUAGAAAUUAAUAGAGAUUGCUAUAUUUUUCAACCUACUACAUUUUACUACUUAUCUAUCCCAUACUGAAUUAUUUUGUUGUGAUUUUGUAUAGAAUUGUUAAUUUUUAUAAAGUCGAAUUCCCGCGUCAUACCAUGCAACCCCACGUCAACGUUUUAUAAAAACGGAGUUAUCUCGUUUAUAUGAAACAAUAUUCAUUCUGGUAAUAACGAAGAGGCGUAAACACCAGGCACGUGCUUUCGAAUCUGUUACGUUGCCUUAGCAAUCAUCUACUGUAAAACAAUGCAAAAAAUUGCACAAAUCCGAUCAUUUAACUCUUUCUAAAAUCUACGGUUUUCCAAACAUCCAAUAAUGAUAUAUCAUUUUAAUCAUGGACAAUAUACAACUGUUUGAGUGUUGGGAAAGAUUUGGUGUUAGAAAAGUGUUGAUGUUGUAUAUAUAUAUAUAAAGCUCGACUAUCACCUGAAAUUGCACCCUGUAAAAGAAGUUCAACGAGGAACCUGUCUUUAAAAAUGAAAAUAAAUAAUGAACUUUA